AAAGUCCGGACUUUGUGAAAUAGGGAGAGUACAACGACGUAAGAGAGAGCAUUGAGUAUCAACUGGAUAGUAUUCAAAGCCAACGAAUUGACAAAUAAAAAAAUCCUGGAAGGAUGUGUAACCAUUGCUUUCUACACUAUUUUUUUAUUUACUGUAUGGUUAUGGUUUAACAGUUUCAGGCUUUCAGGUAAAAGUAAAACAUAACCUAUACAGUGUUAAUUAUCAAAUAAAAUUGCAAUACUGGAGCUCCAGCCACUUUUGUGUUAUAGGGUUGGCUGUGGGGCGAAGCGCCUGAAAUUACCGCGCGGCAACACACUAGUACACAGCUGUGCGCCGGCACGGGCCAGAUUUGUUGGAGACCAUUAAAUGCUUUUUCGUUGAUAGCCUGAAAAUUCGGCAAUGCAAUUUUGAAUAUUGAAAGAGCAAAGUACACAAUGACUGCAGUGCCAGCUCCAAAUGCAAAGGAAGUUCAGGAGUUCCAGUUCAAGCUAUUAGCUCGUCUGCGGCUGUUUAAGGAAAAUCCAAAUCUUCCUUUGAAACAGUCCCUCAGUUUGGUUGCAGUUUCUGCUAAAUAUGGAUUAAUAUGUGUUGGUACGCCAAAUGGAUUCGAAGUGAUAGAGACGGCUAAAAUUGUGGAGCAAUGUGGUGGAGUGAAGAAACCGGCAGCUGAGGUGACUGACUUCCCUCGCCGUAGUGUUGGGCUUGGAGCCCAACCCACUCACCUGGAUAUCAGCUGUGAUGGUCAACACCUAGCAGUGGACUACACAGCAGGUGGGACUAGCAUCAUUCGAAUCUACGACGUUACCUCACUUGCCUCCCAGAAGGAACAGAUGGUGAAUGAAGUGAGGUUGCCAGCUCCUCUGCGCGCUCUCAGUUGGAACCCUGGCAUCCCGAACCUUCUGGCUGCUUGCAUGCAAGACGGUUCAGCGGCUGUUUAUGAGUUCAAGAAUAACUCCUUCGAAAUUAGCAGUAUACCCGCUGAAGCUUAUGCGACGUGCCUCUGUUGGAGUCCUAAGGGGAAACAGAUUGUGAUAGGGUCAAGAAAUGGAUCAUUGAAUCAGUUCAAACCAGACCUUAAGAUUGUUAAAACCAUUCCUCCUCCUCAAGGUGAUGUGAGUUUAGUGAGUGUACAGUGGCUCAGCAGUCUGCAGUAUGCUGCUGUCUAUUGUACACAGAACUCUGGCACUGGACCCAACUUGGUUAUAGUGAACACUCCUCGCAACCAGCCUAUCACCUACAUCAACUAUGAGGAUAUUACCUACAGCAAGGGUGACUCACUAUGUGCUUUUGUUGCAGGUGAUGUGAGUUUGGUGAGUGUACAGUGGCUCAGCAGUCUGCAGUAUGCUGCUGUCUAUUGUACACAGAACUCUGGCAUUGGACCCAACUUGGUUAUAGUGAACACUCCUCGCAACCAGCCUAUCACCUACAUCAACUAUGAGGAUAUUACUUACUGCAAUGGUGACUCACUGUGUGCUUUUGUUGCAGGUGAUGUGAGUUUGGUGAGUGUACAGUGGCUCAGCAGUCUGCAGUGUGCUGCUGUCUAUUGUACACAGAACUCUGGCACUGGACCCAACUUGGUUAUAGUGAACACUCCUCGCAACCAGCCUAUCACUUACAUCAACUAUGAGGAUAUUACCUACAGCAAUGGUGACUCACUGUGUGCUUUUGUUGCAGGUGAUGUGAGUUUAGUGAGUGUACAGUGGCUCAGCAGUCUGCAGUAUGCUGCUGUCUAUUGUACACAGAACUCUGGCACUGGACCCAACUUGGUUAUAGUGAACACUCCUCGCAACCAGCCUAUCACCUACAUCAACUAUGAGGAUAUUACCUACAGCAAGGGUGACUCACUAUGUGCUUUUGUUGCAGGUGAUGUGAGUUUAGUGAGUGUACAGUGGCUCAGCAGUCUGCAGUAUGCUGCUGUCUAUUGUACACAGAACUCUGGCACUGGACCCAACUUGGUUAUAGUGAACACUCCUCGCAACCAGCCUAUCACCUACAUCAACUAUGAGGAUAUUACUUACAGCAAUGGUGACUCACUGUGUGCUUUUGUUGCAGGUGAUGUGAGUUUAGUGAGUGUACAGUGGCUCAGCAGUCUGCAGUAUGCUGCUGUCUAUUGUACACAGAACUCUGGCACUGGACCCAACUUGGUUAUAGUGAACACUCCUCGCAACCAGCCUAUCACUUACAUCAACUAUGAGGAUAUUACCUACAGCAAUGGUGACUCUAGACUCACCCAGUUCUACUUCAUACACCAGCAGACUUGGAACGUGUUACUGGUGGGCUCUGCCAAUAGUAUGGAGGUGGGGGUAUUGGGUCUGCAAGGAGAGUGGGAGCAGUGGCAGCUGGAGGACGCUGCCAGGGCAGAACUCCCCCUAUCACCCUCCAAACAGGAGACACAUCCUGUCGGAAUGGCCAUGGACACAAGUGUUCAGUAUAAUCUUCCUUGGGGUGAAAACCAGCAUCUGCCGCCCAUGCCGCUAUUGCUUCUACUCUCUCAUGAGGGCGUACUGACUCUUUACUGGACGGUGAACUUGCUGUCUGCAGCCACCGUGUGUGUGCCGCCCAACCCCUUACCUGACACCAGUGGGCUGCAACUCGUCACAUCGCAGCCCGUCACAUCGCAGCCUGCCAUAUCGCAGCCAGCCAUAUUGCAGCCUGCUAUAUCGCAGCAACCUCAGUUGGUCGCAGCCUCACCUCCUGCUGCAGUGGCCCAGCCUGUGCCAUUUGCCGCUCCCACACCUGCUCCUGCCCCCGUGGCUGCGCCUGCCGCUGCACCUGCGCCUGCGCCUGCCUAUGGUGUCACCUCCAUACCCCAGUGGCAACAACCACCGCCUACCUCACAGCCUGCAUGGAUUCACACUUCUGCUCUCACAUCUCCAAAACCUGAGAUCAAACAACCCACCAGUGUUGUACCAGGGUCUUGGAUGGCAUCCACAUCUGCCCCACCUGCUUUUAUAUCUUCAUUGACACAAUCUGCCUUCAGUUCAGCAAGUCCAGCAUUCAACAUAACCUCCUCCACACCAGCCCCUGUGUCCCUUUCUGUACCAGCUGUUCCUGCCUUCAGUGUUUUACCCACCUCUGCACCUACUGCAGCCCCUGGCAUCACCCCGGCAGCUUCCCCUGUCUCUCAGACUCCAUUCAGUUUUGCUUCCCUUCAGGCUUCUGACUCGUAUGGCAAACCAGGUGCUUUUGUGUCAUCAUCUGUUCCUACAGCUGCUCCUCUCACACCCGUGUCUACAGUUCCAGUGACACCACCAUCAGCUAAAGUAGACUCGACAGUAGUGCCCUCUCCUGUGCCAUCCUCACCAGUAUCCAGGCCUUCGACUCCAGAACAAGAACAAACAGAGGAGAGUCAGGAGUUGAAGGCCAUGAAUGAUGCUUUGAUGGAAGAGGCUAUGAAGGAAGAGAUUUCACACUUAAACCAGGAAUUAUUCCACCUCAGCCAAAGAGUCAGAAACAUUAAUCUCAAUUGGGAGUUCAUUCAGCAGCUGGCGGUAAACAACUAA